AUGGCGAAUUCUGCGACUAUCUUCCUUCUCUUUCUCACCAUCUCAGCCUUCUCCUCCUCCAUUGAUGGAGCUCAGCUAAUACUAGUGAACAACUGUCAAGAGAGCAUAUGGCCGGGAAUUCUCGGCGGAGGAGGCCAAAUCACACCGAGAAACGGCGGUUUUCACAUGGGAAGCGGCGAAGAAACAAUCAUAGACGUACCGGAUAAAUGGUCCGGUAGAAUAUGGGGACGACAAGGUUGUAUCUUUAACCAAAACGGUAAAGGCUCAUGCCAAACCGGAGAUUGCAACGCCGGUUCAAUCAAUUGCCAAGGAACCGGUGGUGUUCCACCAGCAACCGUCGUGGAAAUGACAUUAGGCUCGCCUUCUUCGCCGCUUCAUUUCUACGACGUGAGCCUCGUAGACGGUUUCAACCUUCCGGUUUCGAUGAAACCAAUCGGAGGAGGAGUUGGGUGUGGUGUGGCGGCUUGUGAAGUGGAUUUGAAUGUUUGUUGUCCUUCUGCUUUGGAAGUUAAGAGAGAUGGUAAAGUGGUUGGGUGUAAAAGUGCUUGCUUGGCGAUGCAAUCGGCUAAGUAUUGUUGUACCGGUGAGUAUGCGAAUCCGAAAGCUUGUAAACCGACGAUUUUCGCAAACCUGUUUAAAGCGAUUUGUCCGAAAGCUUAUAGUUAUGCUUUCGAUGAUUCGAGUAGUUUGAAUAAGUGUAGAGCUUCUCGUUAUGUUAUCACUUUCUGUCCUCCAAAGUGA